CGUUAAUACAACUCUUGGUGAAAACAAAAAGCUAGAACUAGCAAGCAAGGGGUGUGGUGAGCGGUUACGCAAAAGCAAUGGCGGAGGAAUCCAAACGAAAAGCAGGUGAUGAAGACAGAAUCAGUAAUUUACCAGACGGUUUACUGAACCACAUCCUAUCACUCCUUCCAACCAAAACCGCCGUUACAACAGGCCGUCUAUCUCGCCGAUGGCGCCACCUUUGGAAGCAUCUAUCCGCUCUCAACUUCUCCGACAACUCCCACUUAUCUUUCAUCCCUUACACCCAACAGUCAGAACUUUUUUAAAACCUUCGCUCUUUUCGUUAACAGCGUCUUCCUCGUUCUUCUCCGUAACCCUUGCACCAUUCGGAAGAUGACUCUUGAUUGUGCUCACUCCACUCGUGAUGAUUAUCAGUUUCGUGAAUAUUCUGUUGAUAAUUGGGUUCGUGCUGCCAUUGGUCCCCAUCUUCAAGAACUUAACCUUACUCUUAUGGCUGACUUUGAUGGUUCCGACUUCAAUCUCCCGAAAAGCCUGUUCACUUCAGCCAACCUCAUUUCACUCAGUCUCUGUGGUGAAAUUUGUGUUAACAUCCAACACUCUACGGUGAUUAGUUUACCGUCACUAAAGAUGCUGCUAAUCAAUAUUGGUCAUAUGGAAGUACCUUCCAUUAAUGCACUCCUCUGUGGCUGCCCAAAUAUAGAAUCUCUGAAUCUUGGCUUUUCUCCGCAAAGCUUAGACAAAGUUUGCAUCCCACCUCCCUUGAAAAGGCUUAAAAUCACCGUAGCAAAUGUUGUUGGGGCUUACCUUGAAAUAAAUGCACCGAAUCUUGAGUACCUUAACAUUACCGGAAUCACAUUCGGCCAAGUUUUCACCAUGUAUAACUUGCACAAUGUGGUGGAAGCGUAUCUUGAUGUCUUUCCCCAAUCGCUUGGUUCCGUCGUCGCUUUACACAAUCUCCUUGGUGCUCUCUCUGGGACUAAACAUUUAGUGUUGAGUCAUUCAACAACCCAGUGGCUGCUUGGUGAACCCCACAAUCUACUUUUUCAAGAAUUUCACUAUUUGAUACGUCUAGAGCUCAUUCUUCUCUGGUUUAACUCCAAUUCUCUGCUCAGCUUGCUUCAGAAAUGUCCGAUGCUGCAAGUUCUUAUAAUUCAGAACGACAAGCAACAAUUACCAAUUUUAGGAUGGGCUCCACAGACAAGGGUUCCUGAUUGUCUCGUAUCCCACCUGACCUUUAUUCAAUUUAAAGGACUGCGAGGAUUUCCAGAUGAGGUGUCAUUUGUCGAGUAUGUUUUGCAAAAUGGACUUGUUUUAAAAACAAUGAUUAUUGCUGUUAGAUCCUUGGACCUAGAAAAGAAGUACUCCGUUGUCAAAACGUUAUCUAAUGCGCCUAGGGCUUCUACAACAUGCCAACUUACAUUUGAUUGAGUUGUUUCUCCUAAGUUCGCAUUUGUAAUGCCAUGAUGUUUGAAGUUGACAGAAUCAUGUUUCAAGAAAAAAUUGUCUCCCUUUUGAACCUGAACCUGUUGUAAGUAAAAGGAACCAAAUUAUAUCCUUUAGUUCUGCUUUGUGCCAUUUGGGUUUCAUCAUGACUCUGAAACACUGAGUGUUGAAUUGAAUCAGAGAAUGUGGAAAUUUAGUUUCUGUAGGUCUUAAUGAAUGUCUUAAUGCCAAUAUACAAUAGGUGUAUGGUGUAACAAAUAUAGUGCAGGUUUUUAUGAUGUUCCAACUAUGCCUACAAAAUUAGGGAACAAAAUUUGACUCGUGAGUAUAUGUUUACUCAGAAGAAAAUUGCAAUUUUACACAUUUUGGUUGAAAAA